AUACUAUAAUUAAACCAAAUGUUGUAGUUAUCCCCUUAUGUCUUGUGAGUGUUGAUGUACCUGGCCUAGGGGGGCGAGGACCCCCGGGCCUAGGAGGCGAGGAGCCACGACCCCCGGGCCUAGGAGGGACGACCCCGAGGAAUUCUUCGCGGGAAUAAGAUCACCCUUACCCCAAGAGGUUAUUUCUUAGUCAAUAUGGGCUGUCUUCACGCCAAGAUUAAGAAACAUGACACUGAACAAGAAAAAGGCAUUACUAUUGAAGUACCAAAGACAUAUACAUGGGAUAAGAAAGAGAAGGUAAACCCUGCAGACUUUACCAUUGAGAACAUCAGUAACAGAGAAAUUGGACGUUUGCCUGGCACGAUCAGUGGACAACAGUUCAUUAUCCAGAAUUGUCAAGCUUCACAGAUUUACCUCUUUGAUCACAUCAACACCAUAACCGUUGAUGACUGCUCUGAUUGUAUCAUCUUUGUGGGUCCUACAACUGGAAGCCUCUUCCUGCGUGACUGCCAAGACUGCGUUGUGAUGGCUGCCUGUGGACAGUUUCGGACACGGGACUGCUGUAAAAUGGACAUAUUCCUCCUUUGUCAGACACAACCCAUCAUUGAAGCCUCAGCAAAGAUGAGAUUUGGCUGUUUCCAGGCAUUUUAUCCUCAGUUGAAAGAUCAAUUUAGAAGUGCUGGCAUCAGUGUCUUUAAUAAUAACUGGUCAAAUAUUCAUGACUUUACACCAGUGGAUGGAGAAACAAACUGGUCUUGUGUCUCCCAGACAACAAAAUUGUCACAAGUGUUCAAACUACCCGAGGAAGAUGAGCUUAAGAGUGUUGGGAUGACGCUGGACCAUAAUCUCAGCAUUGUUCCCUAUACAUAUGGAUCCCCUGGAUAUGGGUCACAAGAGGCAGCCCUUGUUAUUAUGUUCUGUGAUGAAUCUCAACACCAAAGAGCUAUGAAGUUCAUCUCUUCACUAAAAGCACAAGUUGUUGACUGCAAGAUUCAGCACAGCAGAGAGGUGAAGAUGGAAGCGACAGAUGCUCAGCGAGUGUUUCACACUUCAGAGUACAAGAGUGCUAUUAGUCAAGGUCCAGUCAUUGCCUUCUUGUGCCUUGGCAAUGACAUCACUCAAGUGUGUUCUACGAUUGGACAGGAGAUGAAUGAUGCCUCAGGUAAUACAGUUGUUUAUGUAACCUCUGAUGUAAACACCAGCAACAAACAGAUUGAUACCUUCUUUUCUUAUGCUUCUAUGACCAUGACAAUGUAAGUUCACGAGACCUUUCUGAUACAUAUGUUAGACUUAAACCAGAGGCAUAUAUUGUGAUAAAAUAAGUUGAAGAGAUGCCUUCUUUUGUUUCUGAGUCACUCAUGAGGCCAGUAGUAUGAACACUGCUUGCUAAGAAAAAAUACAGUCUCAUACAAUGUUAGUACAGUAUAAUGAUUGUACUCCAUAGUAUGUAAGAUACUGUACUGUAAUAAUGAUUAUUUUUGUCAAACACCUUUAACAGAGCAAGUGGUAUAGUUUGAAUAUUGUCUAUAUUACACUUUUAUCAAAAUGAUUCUGAAUCUUAAAGUAAACCCUCGAUGGUGACCUACCCACCUGCCCUGCCCACCAUUCCUCUACCCACCUGCCCUGCCCACCAUCCCUCUACCCACCUGACCUGCCCACCAUCCCUGUACCUACUUGAUCUGUCUACCACCCUCUGCCCUGACUGUCCACCAUCCUCUGCCCUAACUGUCCACCACCCUCUGACCUGACUGUACACCACCCAUCAUAGUUGGGAGAGGGUUGUGUCACACAUGACCCAUCAGUGGCCAAGACAACAUUUCUGGUGUUUUUAGUACAGGUAUUUCUUGUAGAACUGUUGGAUGAUAAUUCAGGAACUUUAAAGGCAAGUGUUUCUUUAUAAUGAAAAUCUUUAGAAGAAUGCAAUAACUACUUGGGUCAAUGAACACAUCUUUGCUGUUACCAUGAGAAGAAGGUAGAAUCAAUAGAGAAUGAUUCACUCAAUAACAAGACCCAGUGGAACUGAAUUUUGUUCUCUGUCAAGGGUCAACGUUAUAAGUGUAAUGUUUAAUGAAAAAAUCAGUUAUUAUUGUCAUGUAAAAUAUAAUUUUGAAGUUCUUACUUAAUACUAAUGAAGCACUGUCUUGGUUGGUAACAGUUUUAACAGCCUGAAAGAAAGAGUAGUUUCCAUAGAACUGAUAGCCUGUUAGGGGCAGUGUGGAUGCAGCACACUGUCCAGGAAGAGUUUGGUACAUAAAUAGACAAUGUGGCCAGCACUGUGCUUGAUUGCCUUUGCUUUCCUCAACUGUAAAGUUAGAUACCCAUUCACAAUUGGGUGGACUUGGUGCAAACUAGCAACCCUUAUGACAGGAGGCAAGUACUGUAUGUAUUCAGCCACUGCACCCCAACAUCUUGGGAACCGUAAUUUGGACUAAGAUUUUAAUAGUUGACACUUUUUUUUUCUCCUUUUCUUCAUCUUUUUCCUUAAUGAGAUGCAUCAGCAAGUCAGUCAUUGAAGCUCUGGCAGGGGGCAGAUCCAGGGGGGUCCCAAUCCCUCUUUUCAUCAGAAAAUUCUAAUACUUUUCUUUUAUGCAGUAUUGUACUCAAGCAUUUUUGUAUAGUAAAAAGUAAUUACUGUUGACCUCAAAAUAUCUCCUAAUACCAAGUUCACAUGGCCUCAAAAUGCUCAUGAUAUAUUAGUCAGAUUUCAAAAAUUCUUCUAUGGGGUGGGGCUUACAGUACACCCCCAAACCCCCCAGCUGGGUGGGCUUGCUGUGUUCCCCAAGUUACCCCACCCACAUGGUUAUCAAAUAAUUAAUGUUCACAUGCUAGACUUGAUUCUCUGUUAAAUCAGAUUUAUGUUCGGAGGGAUCACAGAAUUAAUCUUGUUAACCCUUUAGAGAGCAAAGUAUCCCUUAGGUAUUUUAUUCUGGCUUCUGCCACUGAGAGGAACCCCUGCCCACUCAAGGGUUAAUAGUUAUAAGAAGUUGUCAUUAUUGUUAACUUACUUAAUAGAUACUGUAUGACCAUGUGGCUUAUUUCCCAAAUAUUAAACCUAUUCAUUGGAUCAGUUUAAAAAGCAAUAGUCCAGAUUGGAGGAGACCUAAGAGAUAUAAGCAGGGCAGAUUUAAGCAACUACAGUAUUUUGGGCAAGUGAUGAGCAAAUAUCACCUCCCCAAACCAAUUUUUUUUUUCAUACUAGCAAAAAGACGACAGGAAAUUCUUGAAUAUUCACAGAUUAAUAAUUCAUAGUAAAAGAGUUAGAAUCUUUAUUUUAAUAUUCAUGAAUGUUCCCAAUUAUUUCAAGUCUCAGAUACAGUUACUAUGCCACAAAUCCAAAACUCUGUGGGACCAGAAAUCUUUUGCAUUUAUAAAAACAUUGGCAUAUACAUUAAAUAUAUGCUGUACAGUACUAAACAGUAGUACCCCGAUUUACGCGGUCAAUUGAACCCACAGGGUACCGCGGAAAGUGAACAACAGAACAUAUGGGAU